AUGAACGUACGACCAAUCCGGGUCGAUGAUCUCACAGGUAUGCAGGCGUGCAACUUGCAGAAUCUGCCGGAGAACUAUACCAUGAGAUACUAUCUCUACCACGCUAUGUCUUGGCCUUCUCUUUCUUAUGUGGCCGAGGAUCAUAAGGGUCGAAUUGUCGGAUACAUCCUUGCCAAAAUGUGCGCUGAAGUAGCAGAGGGCGAGGAGCCACACGGCCAUGUCACUUCAAUCUCUGUGCUACGAUCAUAUCGACGGUUAGGCCUUGCGAAGAAGCUGAUGAUACAGUCACAGCAAGCGAUGUGCGCAAUCUACAACGCGUCGUACGUUUCAUUACACGUACGAAAAUCCAACCGGGCUGCUUUGGGCCUGUACCGCGACACCUUGGGUUUUACAGUCAAGGACAUCGAAAAGAAAUAUUACGCGGAUGGAGAAGAUGCAUAUGCAAUGCAUCUUCCGCUGAAGUGA